AUGGUUGUUGAUGGAAAUAUUAAAUUAUUUGACCCAAGCAGUCCAAAUGAUAGCUUAGAAAGUAUAAAUGAAAAAUUAAAUGAUAAUCAAACCUCAUUUGCAUUAGGAGAUUUAUCAAAUACAACAUUUUGGAUAUCAGCAGCCACGCUCUAUGUACAUAAAUCAAAUAAAAUCGAAAAUAUAAAUCAUACUAUAAGCGAAACUUCAAAGAUUAUUCAAGAUCUUACACACGAAAAAAAGUCAGAUGAUAAAAAAAAGAAAGAGGUAGUUCAACAUUAUAAAGCAUUAUGUGAUGUAUUCAAGAAAAGAAACGAACCAUUAUCAGUAGAAAUGAUUAAAGAGUGGCAUGCAAUUUUAAUGAAUGGUGCUAUGCCAAACCCCGGUCAAUUCAGACAGCAAGAAGUUAUCACAGGUAAUAAGCUAUUUAUCGAAUACAAAUCGAUUCCAUCUCUAUUAGAAACUUUAGUAAAUAAAUACAACCUAUUUGUACAAAAAGAAGCCAGAGAACAUAUUAACAAUAGAUCAAAGCAAACUCCAUAUUCAUUAGCUGCAUGGAUCUCUCACGCUUUUCUAACCAUUCACCCCUUCCUUGAUGGAAACGGCCGUAUAUCCCGUUUAUUAGAAAACUAUGUACUAUUUGAGUUUGGUUUCCCAUUCCCAAUCCCAGCUUUCGAUAAUAAAGAAGACUACUUAGGUGCCCUCAGACAAGCCGACAGAGAUUUUAAAAAUGGUAGAAAUACUUCACAGCUAGCCCAUUUAAUUUUAAAUGGUUCAAAUAAAAUAUAUACAAUGUAUUUAGCAAAUAACGCAUUAAAACAAGAAUUAAAAAAUGAUGUAAGAGCUUCAACUGAAGUAAAAGAUAUACCAUACCCAAGUUACGAUUUCUACUAUAAUGAAAAUAGCAACAUGGUGAAAGCCUCUUAUAAAUCUAUGGAAACUAAAUAUUCUACAAUUCUACUUCUAGAAAAUGUUGUGUAUUACCAGCGCUUGAAAUAA